UACUCUACAAAGAAUCAAAGGAAUCCCAGAUAAAUAUCUGAAAUCCUCAUUCUAUAAUUAAAUUAUUAGAUAUAAAACUCUGUUCUAUUUUAUGCAUUUUAAAAAAGAAAAAUUUUGACUUCAAAUUCUCUAUAGUUAUUGGUACAUGAGGUAUGAUUUUGAUCUUUAAUUUGUGCUAUUAGGUCAAGUUCAGGCAUAACCCCAAUAAUAUUUCAAAUGACAAUGUUAAAUUUAAAUUAAUCAGCUAUUUUAAAUUUGUAUCUUAAACACUCUAUAUUUUAUAGGCAGUCCUUACAAAAGCUAAUUUUUAUUGAUACAAAAAAAAAAAAAAAUGAAAGAUUAUGUUAUUUAUAUUAUUGUCCUAUAUUAUCAAUAAUGAUAAUAAUUAGAGUAUGUAACUAGAAGAACAUGUGGAACUUUCUAUAAUAAAUUCUAUUUUAAAUAAAAGCCAAUAUAAAUAAAGAUUGGUAAGAAAUAUGUGUGCAAGACUUUUAGCAUGUCCUUUGUGCUCACAACCAAGUUUUUUAACAUUGGAUGCUUUGCGAGCAGGAUUAAUAAGUGUAGCAACACGACCUCUUACAUGUCCUGUGUGUAAUGAAAUAUUGCUUGGUAUCGACAAACUUACUAUUCACUUAUUCAGCCAUACUAUUAAUUUAAGCAAUAGUAAUACGACAGAGACAUUCAAACAUACAAAUAUUACUACUAGUACUCAUAAUCCAGCAUUAAAUAAUUUAGAAAAUAUUACUUUCCAAGAUUGGAAUUUAUCUAAAAUACAAAAUACAGAUUCAAGUAAAUUUUCACAAAAUAAUUUAAAUAUUCAAAAUAGUUCAAUAUCUUCUCAAAAUUUGCAAAAUACAAAGGAUGAAGCUUCAGUUUUGAAUUCAGAAGUUUCUAUCCAUGAUCAAAAUCCAUUAAAUCAUGUAUCUCAAAUUACAUUUCCACAAAAUUCAAUUUGUGAAAAUAAAGAGAUACAUACAUUUCAAAAGAGUAAAGAAAUAGAAUCAGAAAAACUCUCUCAACAAAUAUUACAAGAAACAAUAAAAGUAAAUUAUGCUACACAGUACUUUACUCAUCAAAAUGUUAGACAUGUAAAUUUUAUACAAAAUUAUCCUGAAAUAGAAAAUGAAAAUGUCCAGACAUUUAAAAACUGGAUGCAAGAUCAAUAUUGUGAACAACCAAAUUGUAAUGUGGUAGAAAAAGUGGACACGUCUAUAGAUAGCAAUAAACCUUACAACAAUGAACAAAUGAUAAUAAAUAAAUUGCCAAACAUUGCAACUACUUGUAUUAAUAUACCACUAGAAAAAGCUAAUGACAAAACCAUACAAGAUGAUUCAUUUGCUACAUGUAAUAAAAGUCAAAAUCAAAGUUUUAAACAUAAUGAAAUAUUACCUCAAUUCAAACUUAUAAAAACAUUAUCAUCAAGACAAAAGACUGAACGAUGCAACAUAUGUGGUUUUCAUUUUCCUGAUCAUAAUAUUUUGCUUUUACAUAAACAAUUAGUACAUAUGAUCAACGAAAAAGAUAUAAAUAUUAUUCCUGAAAAUUUACUUAAGAAUUAUUCGUGUCACUUAUGUUCUAAAGUGUUUAAAAUGAGAGGUAGUUUAAUGGUGCAUAUGCGAGUAGCACAUAUGGGAUAUAAUUUAGGUCCUCUAGUCAAAGAUGGACAAAUAGAACUCAUACUUAAUGAAAAUAAAUUCAACUGUCCCACAUGUGGAAAAAAAUUUAAAAAGGAACAACAUGUAAUGCAGCAUUUAAAAACACAUGAAGCUAAACAAUGGGAAUGUGAUGUAUGCAGUAAAAUGUUUACAACAAAAUAUUUUCUAAAAAAGCAUAAGAGACUCCAUUCGGGAGAAAUGCCUUAUAAGUGUAACAUAUGUAACAAAACAUUUACUUUCCAACAAUCAUAUCAUAAACACAGAUUAUACCAUAAAGAUGAUAAACCAUAUACAUGUACAACUUGUGGCAGAUCAUUUAAAGAAUUAUCUACUUUACAUAAUCAUGAGCGAAUUCACACAGGAGAAAAACCUUUUGCAUGUGAAACUUGUGGAAAAUGUUUUCGUCAACGUGUUUCAUACUUGGUUCAUCGUAGAAUACACACAGGUGUGAUGCCUUAUAAAUGUACAACAUGUGGAAAAAGUUUCAGAUACAAGGUGAGUCAAAGAACUCAUAAAUGUUCAACAGGAAAUGCACAACAAACAAAUAUCAUGGAUCAAACCACUAUCAAGGAUCAAAUGUCAGUAAAUUUGCCAGAUAUAAGAGAUGACAUGUCUAAAACACAAAAAGAAAAUCAAUUAAUGUUGGAUAUUGUACAUAAUGAAGAAAACAAAUAUGUGUUAGUAAUAAAUACUCAAGGUCAACAACUUUUGACGAAAGAAUCUAAUAUUGAAAAAAUAAAAGCUAUAAAUAAAAAACAAAAAUUAGAAGAAUGUGCAGUAACGAACAAUGAAAAUGAAAAAACAAGAGAUAUGUGGAAAUCUGACAUUCCUAAUGAUUCUAUGUUUAAGAAACCCAUUGAAAGUUACAAAGCAAUACAGUCAAAAAAUGAAAAACCAUUUCAAGAUACAAAUGAUUUUUUUUCAAUGGUGAUGUCUCCACUUGAAAAUGGAUCACCCACUGCUGAAAUGGAACAUUUACGAGUAUCAUCUCCCAUACAGAAAAAGGAUAUAUCAAAAUCUUUUGAUACUUUCAAAAACACAACACAUGACAUGGAAAUGAAUAUAUUCAAUGCAGAUAUGGAACAAAGCUACAGCGAUAAUAAUGCAAAUAAUUUGCAAACCAUUAAUGAAGAAUCAUUGAAACAACUCUUGUAUAGUAUUGAUGAGAAAUAAUUACUGGACCUUCUAUAAGAAAGAAAAUGCGUUAUUAGUUAUCACUGUUACAAAUAAAUAAGAAUUCUUUAAAGAA